UGGGCGGAAGUUUUCUUCAGAGACCGAGGGACGGGGAUCCGUUGUUGUCCCCGGCCGGGAGGCAAAACCCAGAUUUGGGGAUGGGGGAGAGAAGCGUGGGAACUGGCGGCCCCCCGAACUCGUAAAGGCUGGCAGCCCGUGGCACCGCCCACCCGGAGGCCCCCCUGUGUGCGGCACAGCCCCCGCAACUCGGCCGCCCGCCUGCCGCCUCCCGUAACCCCGGGCGCCCGCCAGCGGCGCAGCUUGUGCCAAUUCUCGAACUGCUCCACGCCGGGUGCGGCGCUAGACUGCGGAGCGAGCCCGGGCCCUGCGCAAUUUGCGUAGCGAAUGGCGCCCGCGCAGGCGCAGGAGGGGGCGGAGCAGCGGGAGCCGGGGAGCCGGAGCCCCCGGUCCCCACGAUCUGAGCCGGCUCCCCCAGCAGCGGCCUGAGGCCCUGGCCUCCGCCUCCUCCCGCCCCUUGAGGCUGGAGAGUGGACGCGGUGGAGGGGUGGGGCGGGGGCAGCUUUCGAGAAUUCCGAGGACAGAGGCAGAGGCCCUCCCCAUCCGCAUUAUUGGAGGAGAGAGCCUCCCCGAACUUGGGGAGGGGGAGAGCGGGGCAUUGGGCGCCCCCCCUAGCGGCUGCUGCCCUGGGCCAACGGGCAUCGGCCGGCUCUCCCCCUCCAGCCAGGACGACACGAGCGAUUCAGGCCAGGGACUCCUUUCCUUGGGCCUCCUGCAUCCCCCCAUCCCUGGCUCUGGGGUAGGCCCAGGGAGGAGACACCACCAACCCUCACCCGAUCUGCCCUGGAGAGAAGAGACUGCCCUUCCAUGCCCCUGAGUGAGGGGCCUGGGGCCCAGGCUGCCCGUGUUCCCCAAGGGCAGGGGUCUCUCUGUUGAGGAGGAGAGGGAUUCAGGCCUCCCUCCCUGACAUGGAGAGUAACCUGUCUGGCCUGGUGCCUGCUGCCGGGCUGGUGCCUGCGCUGCCACCUGCUGUGACCCUGGGGCUGACAGCCGCUUACACCACCCUGUAUGCCCUGCUCUUCUUCUCCGUCUAUGCCCAGCUCUGGCUGGUGCUUCUGUAUGGGCACAAGCGUCUCAGCUAUCAGACGGUGUUCCUGGCCCUCUGUCUGCUCUGGGCUGCCUUGCGUACCACCCUCUUCUCCUUCUACUUCCGAGAUACUCCCCGAGCCAACCGCCUGGGGCCCUUGCCCUUUUGGCUUCUCUACUGCUGCCCUGUUUGCCUGCAGUUCUUCACCCUGACGCUUAUGAACCUCUACUUUGCCCAGGUGGUGUUCAAGGCCAAGGCGAAGCGUCGGCCAGAGAUGAGCCGAGGCUUGCUGGCUGUCCGAGGGGCCUUUGUGGGGGCCUCGCUGCUCUUUCUGCUGGUGAACGUGCUGUGUGCUGUGCUCUCCCACCGGCGCCGGGCACAGCCCUGGGCCUUGCUGCUUGUCCGAGUCCUGGUGAGCGACUCCCUGUUCGUCAUCUGUGCGCUGUCUCUUGCUGCCUGCCUCUGCCUCGUCGCCAGGCGGGCCCCCUCCACUAGCAUCUACCUGGAGGCCAAGGGGACCAGUGUGUGCCAGGCAGCCGCCAUGGGUGGUGCCAUGGUUCUGCUCUAUGCCAGCCGGGCCUGCUACAACCUGACAGCACUGGCCUUGGCCCCCCAGAGCCGGCUAGACACCUUCGAUUACGACUGGUACAAUGUGUCUGAUCAGGCGGACCUGGUGAAUGACCUGGGGAACAAAGGCUACCUGGUGUUUGGCCUCAUUCUCUUCGUGUGGGAGCUGCUGCCCACCACCCUGCUAGUGGGCUUCUUCCGGGUGCACCGGCCCCCACAGGACCUGAGCACCAGCCACAUCCUCAACGGGCAGGUCUUUGCCUCCCGGUCCUACUUCUUCGACCGGGCUGGGCACUGUGAGGACGAGGGCUGCUCCUGGGAGCACAGCCGGGGUGAGAGCACCAGCAUGUCGGGCAGCCUAGGCUCUGGGAGCUGGUAUGGCACCAUCGGGCGUGAGCCGGGCUGGUAUGGGGGCAGCCAGACGAAGACCACUCCUCUACUCUUCUCCCAGGUGCCAGGACCAGGCGGCCACCACCACAGUCUCUACUCCACCCCACAGACGUGAUCCCCUCCCUCUCCCCGCAGAAUACCCAGCCCAGUCCCCCUCACCCUAGGCCCCUGUGCCAAGUUCGUCUGCCACUUCUUGCCCAGGAUCCUGGGGGUCGUGACUGCCCCCUCCUCUGGCCGGCUCCUUGCUGCUCCUGUCAUAGUGAGCUUGUGCCAUCCCCCUAGGAUGGGGGUGUGGCCCUGGCUGCCAGAUGCCCACAGCACCCUGGCAUGACCUGCCACCCCCUCUUCCACACCGGAGCCAGCUACCUUUCCUGUGCCUGCCACUCAAUAAACAGUGUCUGUGCCCCAC